AUGGCACUGAGAAAAAUAUUUCGGAAAGAUCGUAGGAGUGAACCUAUGUCUGUCUUUUCGUUACGAAUUAUUGUAACGACACUAUUUGUAGUUAUUCUGGUUGGAUAUUCUAUAUCUUUGAUUUUGGAUAUUUACAAUGAUCAGCCAGCUAUUCAAAGCUCUUUUAUUGAAGCAAGUUCAUUCCCCGUUCCAGAUAAUAGUACACGUCAAGAUAAUAAAGCAUGCGUUCAAUACAUAGGACAGCCCGUAUUGAGCACCACAUCAAAGUAUGAUGGAUAUUUUAAAACUGAUGGUGAUUUAUUCUUUUCAACAAGUUCUAAUGAAGGCCUGAAAAACAUGGGAAUUACAAUUUAUAUUGAUGAUGUCACAUACAAUGCGAGCGAUCCAUUAAUGUCUAUAGAUAUUCACACAAUUGAUUCAGAACUUUAUAAUAUUUAUGGACUUAAAUUGUUUGAAAGUCAAAAUUCAUUGUUUUUGGAUUCAUUAUCUUAUAAUAUUCAAAUAACGAGAAAUAUAAAAAAUCUUAUGUCACGAAGUUGGAAAAAUUAUUUUGGAUUUGCACCAGAACAUGAAAGAAUACCUUAUGUUACUUCCAUAAUUGAUUCUUCUAUUAUUUCGAAUACUACGGAACUUCGAACAUUAUUUUCUACAAUAAAUAUCGAACCACAGUCAUUUAUU